AUGAUCCGUGCACCAACGCCAACUUUUAAACAUUUCGACUCGUUCUGGUAUCAAUUCCACGAGCACCACGAGCACCACGAGCAACAGGAUGGACUCUCGUUUCUAGGAAUGCGCCCGGCAAUGGCGCGUAGUCUCGAUGUCCGUCCAACGGUCAACGACUUCCAGGACGAGAAUCCGUGGGUGUCUCUGGCUAAAGCUCACUGGCUGAAGCCUAGCAAGGUACGCAGGGCGAGGCCGGAGGUGAUCAAGAACGAGAUCUGGGAUCCUUUACAGAGCGAAGGCUUCCCUCUCCGUUCGCUACUUAUCCUGGAAAAUCUCCAUAUACUCGAGAAGUUCCUCUGGCCAACGUACUCGGAAGAUGCGUCGAAUUACCAUAUCAUGUUGAUUGCGGUCAUUGCAGGAAUAAAACGGAGGGAACAUUUGCCCAUCUGGACCCAUUUCUUGGACCGACCAGCGGACUUUUCAACCCUCUUCCGACGUAUACUCUCCAUGAAUCUUGACGCUGCGCUACCUUUGACAUCUAAAAUAUACCUUCUUUCCUUCGUCAUCAGUGCAUUCCAGUCACUUGAGUGCAGCCAAAUCCGCAAGGAGUGCGCUCCUCUCGUCUCGAUAUCGACCUGGAACAAUCUUUUUAGUAAGGAUGCCAGAGAUAGUUUGCUUCAGCAGUCGGGGGCUUUGAAAAAGGCAUGGCGGCUGGCUACCAAACGAUACGACUCGGCGGAUGAACAAGGGAAAUCGAGAAUACGAUUCGAAAGGUCCUGGCUGUAUUCGAUGCUUCUGGACUUCCUGCGCCGUAUAAAUCCAUCUCCGGGAGACCGCAACAAUGAAGAUAACACUAGAUUUUGCGAACGCUUUCUCGAACUCUUGGUGGAUCUUGAGAGUCAGCUCCCCACACGGCGAUACGUGAAUGCACUGCUAAAGGACCUUAACAUCCUGCCUGUUCUUCGCAAAAGCAAACUCUACAAUGAUGAGAAAAACACCCUCUUCCGAGAUUUCUAUGUACUACUACGACGGUUCAUCAAUUUCUCAAUUGACGAUCAAUCCGGCCAACAUCAAUCAGCGCAAGAUGUCUAUGAGUCUCACUGCCAGGAGCUGGCACGACUUCAAAGAACAGCUAUUAAGCACUUCAAGGACGAGUUGACACUGCUUGCAUUAGCCAAUUAUGGGUCCCUCGAGCAACGGUCUGAGCUUGUGGAACAUCUUCGCGCUAUUGACGACUCGCAGUUGAAGCAGCUAUGCCAUUUGCUAGGCUUUAGGACCACUUAUCCAGAACACACCAAUAUUACACCCGACCGUGAACUACUCCUAGAGAUUCUCCUUCUACAUUUCGAGCGGCGACCAACUUUUCAAGAAGCCACAUCCGAAGUCAGCGUUCUACCUACUGAAGAUUCGUUGUAUGACCCAGCACUUGUCCGAAACGAAACAUACGAUGGCUCCAGGCCGUUAGCUAUCCCAAAGCUAAACCUUCAAUAUCUAAGUCUUGGUGACUUUUUGUGGAGGUCCUUUCUACUUUACCGGUCUGAGUCUUUCUAUGAGAUUAAAAGUGAUCUAGAAUCCAUUACCAAACGAAUGCAACCUAAAGCUGGCCCAGAUGGCAAGGUAUCCUUUGAUGGCUUCUCGAAGAUGGCCCUACCCGUCUCAAAGCCCGCCAUCAUUGAUGUUGCUCAGGCACGAGUCGGCUCUCUCCAACCAGCCUUUGUCCGAUCGGAAAUCACUCUAGAGGUUGGAAGACUUGGUGACAAUAUUAGGAGGGAAUGGGAAUCACUUCGGCCGGACGACGUGGUAUUUUUGCUUGCAGUGGGUCCCAACAAGACAGCAAAAUUGGAUCUCGUGAACAACCAAAAAGCCGACGCAAAGGAGAGCAUAGGCAUAUUACAUGUUCGAACAGGCGCGGUUGUACAAAUGCUAGACGAGAACGGGCGCCCCCAACGAGAUACGCAACAGGACAGAAGCAAUGGAUACCCUCAAAGGCCCCGCCUCAGAAGGCUUCUUGUCAAUUUGGAUGCUGCAUCCUAUAAGGCUGAUGUAGAUAGGAUGCAGAAAGGCAAGCCAGAUAUCUACAACUCCAUCAAUGUUCUUGUGCGCCGAAGGGCUCGCGAGAACAAUUUCCGGCCCAUAUUGGAAACGAUGCGGUCUUUAACUAUCACCGACGCCGAACUUCCUUCGUGGCUACAAGAGGUCUUCCUGGGGUAUGGCGAUCCAGCCGGAGCGAGAUACACGGAGCUAGGAAACCGUGUAAAGUCCAUCGACUACAGGGAUACCUUCUUAGAUUGGCAUCACCUUGUGGAGAGCUUCCCGGGCCAGAAAAUCGAGCCGACAGAGGACUCCACAUCCAUAUUUGGCCCUCCUUAUGUUCUAGAGAUGAUUGAUGAAUCCUCAAAGGCCGAGACCUUGAACCCAUCGAAGAAACGGAGAAGGGACCAGGCAGAGUCUGUACAGUCGAAUCCCAAUUCAGUACGGGUGACUACAUAUAAGCCUGCCAAUCCUGGCCCUUAUCCCAUUGAUGCCCCGAAACUCAACAAAGUCCGGUUUACGCCUGUUCAGGUUGAAGCCAUAACCUCUGGAACGCAGCCAGGGCUGACGGUGAUUGUCGGUCCUCCAGGAACGGGCAAGACGGACGUUAUUACGCAGAUAAUUAACAAUAUCUAUCAUAACUUCUCCCAGGAGCGGACAUUACUUAUCGCCCACAGCAAUCAAGCACUCAACCAAUUGUUUCAAAAAAUCGUUGCUUUAGACAUAGACGAGCGCCAUUUACUUCGACUUGGUCACGGUGAGGAGGAGCUAGAGACAGAAUCCAAUUUUGGAAAAUUUGGCAGGGUCGAAUCGUUCCUUGAGAACCGGGUGAGGUUCCUUGCGGAGGUUGAUCGCCUUGCAGCUUCCAUUGGGGCAGAAGGAGCCCAUGGAAGUACUUGCGAAACAGCCGGAUACUUUUAUACGGUCUAUAUAAAACCAGCAUGGAUCAAAUUCUGGGACAAAGCACGCUCUGAGAACCUCACAAACGACGAAAUCGUUCAGUGCUUCCCCUUCCACAGCUUUUUCUCCGAUGCCCCUCAACCUCUCUUCCCUGCGGAUGCCCCGAAAGAAAAACUCAUAGAUAUUGCCGAAGGUUGUGAGCGACAUAUAGGGAAAGUCUUUUCGGAGCUAGAAGAUAUUCGGCCCUUCGAAAUUCUACGGCAGCAACGAGACAAGGCCAACUACCUCCUGGUCAAAGAAGCGAGGAUUAUUGCGAUGACAUCGACGCAUGCUGCUAUGAGACGGCAAGAAAUUGCAGACCUUGGUUUCCACUACGAUAAUGUAGUUAUGGAAGAAGCAGCACAGAUCACAGAAAUCGAAAGUGUGAUUCCGUGUAUGAUGCAGAAGACCAAAAAUGGAGAAUUCCCCCUUAAACGCGUCGUCUUAUGUGGUGAUCAUUUGCAAAACUCCCCAAUCAUUCAAAACAUCGCGUUCCGCCAGUACGCCAACUUUGAACAAACCCUUUUCCUACGGUUAGUGAGAUUGGGUGUUCCUACCAUUAACCUUGACCAACAAGGCCGUGCCCGUGCAUCUAUCGCAGAGCUGUUUAAGUGGCGAUACGAGAAACUGGGGAAUCUCCCCGCUGUGGAAAACCAAGAGGAGUUCAAAGUUGCCAAUGCUGGUUUCCGCUAUGACUACCAGCUUAUCGACGUGCCGGAUUAUCAGGGUCAAGGUGAAAGAGAACCUACUCCCCACUUCAUUCAGAAUCUUGGUGAAGCCGAGUAUGCAGUUGGAAUUUAUCAAUACAUGCGACUAUUGGGGUAUCCAGCCUCUAAGAUCUCAAUUCUCGCCACAUACGCCGGACAAAAGGCGUUGAUUAAGGAUGUUCUAGCUCACAGAUGUGCCAAAAAUGUACUUUUCGGGUUGCCCAAGAUUGUCACAACGGUGGACAAGUAUCAGGGUGAACAGAAUGACUGCCUGCCAUUAGAUAUCAUUCUCUCUCUUACGCGUACUAAAUCCGUGGGCUAUCUCCGAGACGUUCGUCGAUUAACCGUAGCACUAUCGCGGGCACGACUUGGACUCUACAUUCUCGGCCGCCGGGAGGUUUUCGAGUCAUGUUUCGAGCUCAAGCCUGCCUUUGAUAUACUCGCUCAACGGCCAGAUAAGCUCAUGCUUAUGCCUAACGAGAUGUUCCCGACGAAGAGAGCGGUUGAUUCUUCAGACAGCGAAGGCACGCCCAUGGAAAACCUAGAACAUCUUGGCCAGUAUGUGUAUGAGAUGACUCAGGCGAAACUCAAGGCACUUGGGGCAGACACGGCCAUUACUGAGGCUGCCGAUGAAAAUCUGGGUACGAUCCGAGAGUCCGAUGAUGAAGACGAUACAGCACGUGAAGGUGCAAUCGAGUAG